AUGACAGCGCGCCGUCCGACCACCUACUUCCCAAGGUCGGAUGGCAUCUAUAAGCGGCGCGAGCACCAUAACCUACCCGCGCGCCCUAGCAAUGUCGAACCCAUCUUCGACCGAGAGCAUGCCAACCAGCCCCUCGCACCCUACGACGACGACGCCGCCAAUUCCGUCUACCUCGAGGGCCCGUCAACGCCCGUCUCUUCUCCGCUGCCGCCCAAGCCGCCCAAAUUUGCGAACCGAUACCUCUUCCCCGUUCUGGCCCGGAACGAGCGGUUGCGCCUGACAAUGCUGUGGUACUACACGAGAGGCAUAACUCAGGACACGGAGCUGCUUCAGAAGCUACAAGGCAUAGUAAACCUGGUGCGAGGUUACAUUGGGUGGGAGUUUGUCAUCAUGGGUAUCUUGGACAAUGAUGUUUACAUGCGCCUGGUAACGGAUGGCCUGCCGCUGGCAGUCUUGCCAAGGAGAGAGAGCACAUGCUCUCACACCAUCAACCAAGAGUCCGGUGUUUUAGUUUUGCCCAGCAUGAGCGAGGAUUGGCGCUUUCGCCAUUCUCCGCACGUGGUAGAGGGUGGCCUGCAAAGUUACGCUGGUGCCGCGCUCCGGUACGAGACGGAGGAUGGCCAAAAAAUCUCCCUUGGCUCCUUGUGCGUUGCUGCUAAUGCGCCGAUCGAACUGCCGCCAGAAAAACAAUCUGCUCUUGCUCGAUUCGCCGACAUCCUUACCGCCGAGAUCGUCAACCAAUGCCGAAUGAGCCGCCAACGCCAACGUCAAAUUAUGGGCGAUCUGCUCUCGAAAGCAAAGGCCCAAGCGACUUCUGCAAACGUCGAAAAGUUGGUUAAAAUGGUAGUCUCGAAAAUCUAUCCGGAGGCGCAGAUUUCUUUCCAAGACGUAGACGCCGGUACUCUUCACGUGGAGAACCGUCUCCCCGUGGCGCUCUCGCAAGUGGAAGAUGGGCUUUGGGAAGACUCCGAAUACCUGGAGCUUUUGAUUCUUACGCACAACCACCAGAAGCUUACGUCCAGACAAUCUGUUCGCGCUGUUUUUGGAAAAUGCAGCAGGGCACCAUAUAACCGAUACCUAGUGGUUGCAUCUCGGGAUGUGCAGUUUGUAUUUGACGAUGUAGAUGCCUGGUUUGUGGAGAGUUGCGCUCAAAUCUACUGCAACAUCUACCAAGAAUAUUUGUUGGCUGAGGCACUCAAGGCAAAGGAGACCUUUCUCAGAGGAAUUACCCACCAACUCCGGACGCCUAUCCACGGUAUUCUUGGAUCCGUUGAGUUACUUGGCGAAGAACUUGGUUCCCUUAACCAUUCUGCUGCCGUCGGAUCGGACGAGAGGGAGCAGUCGAUGCGAACCGCACAAUUGUAUCUUCAGGCGAUACAAAACUCCGGCCGCGAACUAAUGUCGACGGUCAACAACAUGCUUAUGCUUAACCAAUGGGCUGAAUCGAGUCGUUCUGUGAGGACGGCGACGCUUUAUGAACUGACGCGCCUCGAAUCGGACAUACUCAGAGAUAUUUCGCAAAUGCUACCGGAAGACGAAAUAGUUAAUACCUCGGUGCUGUUCGACAACAGACUGAGUGUUGAAUGCAGUAUCAUUACGACCGACAUUGCACUCCUUAAAGAGUGCCUCCAAUCUUUAAUUUUAAACGCCAUCCAGUCAACCUCACACGGUAGCGUCCUCGUCGAGACUUCGGCAAGCGAUAACUACUCGGUCUUACAGUUUGAUGUCAAGGACACGGGCACUGGUAUCAGCAAAGAAGACCAACACCGUAUUUUCGACGCGUACGAAAAGGGCGACUCACACUCUCGGGGAGUGGGUCUCGGCUUGACGAUCGCAUCGAAGAUAGCAACGGCCUUGGACGGCACCGUUUUCCUAGUCUCCUCGGAGCUCGGCAAGGGCUCGCACUUCCGUGCGGAAUUUCAUAACCCUGGCUUUGCGUGCCCAAGCAAGCCCCUGCCACAUUUGGACUCAACGGCGUUGCACGGGAUUCCUAGGCAUUUCCACGAGAUUCCUACGGGCCGAGACGCCGCGCCACUGGUCCGGCACUUCAUGAGCUUCCUCCAGCAUCGCGGUUACGAGCACUCUUCCAAGUCGUAUGACUCCCUGAACAUCAUCAGUUUUACCGAAGACGAAAGCGAAUUCCAGCGUUCUCUCGCCCUAGUGGACCCGAGCGCAGUCGCCAUCUGCCUAGUACCAGGCAGGAAAACCAUGGCUCAUUUGCGCGUACCGGACGGAUACAACAAACUGCUUUUCUUCAACGGCCCUUUUAAUUCCGACCAUCUUAACUCGAUCCUCAAACAAGUCGACGAGAUGUGUCCGACGCUACUUUCGCUCCCCCCUAUCAACCAGCCCCGCAAGUGCGUGCCCCCACCACCCGUCGAGGAGAUUUGUGACCUCUUCACCAAGACGGCGCGUAUCCACGAGGCACCCAGCGCGCUUAUCGUCGACGACAACAUCAUCAACAUGCGCAUUAUGCGCAUGUACUGUGAGAAGCGUAAGAUUCCGUACGCCAUGGCGGCGGAUGGCAAUGAGGCCAUUGCGCAGUUCAAGGCCUGUGCUGCCAAGGCGCAGCCCAUCAACCUCAUCCUCAUGGACCUGCAAAUGCCGAACUGCGAUGGCGUCGAGGCCACUGCCACGAUUCGCAGCCUCGAGGUGGAGCUCGCCCCGCAUAGGCACAAGGCAGUUGUCUUCAUCAUCACCGGCCAGGAUUCUCCUGAAGACAAAGCCAGCUCAUUCGCAGCCGGAGCGAACGAGUUCUUCGUUAAGCCACUAAGCAUCAAAGCCCUCGACAACGGCAUCAGUCUUUACUUUGACCAGAGCAAUACCAAGGCUGGCGCCAAGGCUAACGGUUGA